AUGCUUGAUGGGGCUGGAGUGUCGUCACUGGAGGCUGCAAAAGAUUUCACAGUCGACGGAUUGACCGGAUACAACGGCAAGAAAAAGAAGAAAAAACGUAGACACAGCCGGACAAUCUUCACGUCUUACCAGCUGGACGAACUAGAAAAGGCGUUCAAGGACGCGCACUACCCAGACGUGUACGCCAGAGAAAUGCUGUCCCUGAAAACAGACCUGCCUGAAGAUAGGAUUCAGGUAUACAGAGUAGAACAUCGUAACUAUUCCGGGGUAUAUCCUCGCCGUACCGGUAAUAGAGCUCGCUCGGUAGCGGCGGGCGGCGAUCACAUUUCUCGCCAAUUACGCGCCGAUAGCGGAUACUCGGAUACCGGCGCAUCUCUGCCGGCGCCGGUACACUAG